CAACUUCAGAGGGUAUCAAGAGGUCGCUGAGGAGUGUGGGACGGUGGCGGACUGUGUUAAUGUCUGCCUACUCAUUGGUAAGGUGCGUGUCCCCUGUGUCCGCUUCGGUCGCCCGUUUAGGAAUGCACCUUAUGGCACUGGCGCUUGUGUAAAUCGCGAGGAAGGCGCGUUAGGAGCGAACUCGCUAUUUUCGGCGCUUGCGCUGUCAUUUUCACCCGUCGGUUGACAAACGUCGGAGCCUGCGCCGUAUUUGUCGAUGCAUCGAUAGCUAGCCAGCUAGUUAGCAGGAGAACUAGCCCGUUCGGUGGCUAGCCAGCCAGCUCGCAUUCUGAGCUUUCGUUACCAAGCGCCCAAUAAGUUCAGGUUCUUCAACCGGACCGCCUACUGUGCGCGUACUGGUGUAUUAGCUAACUACUCGAUCAGCAAAAAGGGUGACCAGAGGGGGGCAGGGAGAGAACGACGGAGGCGCGGUGAGCCAGGAGCGGCCGAUGAGUUCAGACCAGGGCGGAGAGCCGCAGCUGCAGGAGGAGGCUGAGCCGGGACCCAAACCCCGUGGGGAGGACGAGAUCACACCCGGGACCGGGGGAGACUCAGGAGUCAUGGUCACUGCUAAAGGAGCUGGUCUGAACCCUAAUGCCAAGGUGUGGCAGAAAAUCCCUGCAACACAAAGUGAAGCUCCUGUGGAUGGCACUGUGGCCUCCCCCUGGUCCCAGAACAAUACUGCUGAAGGUAAACAAUACACGCCUGGCUUUUCCACUCCUGAGAACAACAGCACAACUGGUACUGUAGUAGGCGUGGUGAACGGUAUGGACCCCCCUGACCAAAGCUUCUCAGUUUCUGAGCACACUACAGCAAGUAAUGUGGAGUCCAAGCUCCCCGAGGAACAGCCUGUCUCCGAAGAGACUUUGCGUGAGUCUCUCAAAAAAGAAUUGGAGUUCUGUUUCUCCAGGGAGAACUUAUCCAAGGAUCUUUACCUAAUAUCUCAAAUGGACAGUGACCAGUUUGUCCCUAUCUGGACUAUUGCCAGCAUGGAAGGAAUUAAAGUCCUCACAACUGACACGGAACUCAUCUUGGAUGUCCUCAGAUCCUCUCCUAUGGUCCAAGUUGAUGAAAAAGGGGAAAAGGUGCGGCCAAAUCACAAACGAUGCAUCAUCAUUCUGCGAGAAGUCCCUGAAACAACACCUGUUGAGGAAGUGGAAGCCUUGUUUAAGAAUGACAACUGUCCUAAGGUAAUAAGCGUGGAGUUUGCACACAACAACAACUGGUACAUUACAUUCCAAUCGGAUACAGAUGCUCAACAGGCAUACAAAUAUUUAAGGGAAGAAGUGAAAACAUUUCAGGGAAAACCAAUCAUGGCCAGAAUAAAAGCCAUCAACACGUUCUUUGCGAAGAAUGGUUACCUCAACCUGGACUGCAGUGUGUAUCCUCAGCAAUCUCACACUCAGUCCCAGUACAACUCCCCUCUCUUCAUGCAGCCUGUUUACAGCCCCCCGCAGCAGUACCCACUCUACGGCAUAGUACCUCCGACCUGGACGCCAUCUCCAACUCCAUACUUUGAGACUCCCCUCGCACCUUUUCCCAACAGUGGUUUUGUCAAUGGAUUUAGCUCACCUGGACACUACAAAACUGGGUCAACUUCUCUCAACCUUAGCCGUCCCUUUAGCAGGAACCGUGUUCCACUCUAUUCAAGAAAGAAUGUAAUAAAUGCCUUCAGGAACCAUGUGAAGCCUCAGACGAGGUCUAAUGAUGGUCUGUCUUCCACUGUGUCUCCGGUGGCUCUUGUGGAUGGUCUGUCUGGCCUGCACAGUCCCCAGCCUCCCUCCAGCGCCGGGCCAGUGCUCUCAUCCACUGAGCUCAACUCAUCCUUUCCGCACCUAGCUUCCAGUGAUCCAUCUGAUGACAGUACCAUGGCAGGACGUGGAAGGAGAACGACAUACAGAGGCACUCGAAGGCGACGAGAGGAUGAUCGCACAACAAGACCACUUCCCCUGUCUCAAGUGAAGGUACCGCCUCCCAAGUUUGACCUGGCAGCCUCCAACUUCCCUCCGCUGCCUGGCUGCUCUGCCAGUCCUCAGGGGGAGCCUGUGCUGGAGAACCGCCUCUCUGAUGUCGUACGAGGCCUAAAUAGGGAGAAGCAGCAGGAUUCAAACAAAGAGUCCACUGCGAGUCCUGCGGGUCCAGCCUCAGAGGAGAGCGUCUCCAGGCCCACCCAGCCUGUAGCCAAGAUGACUGCUCACGUCCCUGAUCCUGUGACCUCCAGCUCCCACCACCUGGAGAAAAAGCCAGAGAAGGUGGAGCCUCCGGUUUAUAAAGAGACAUCUGUGACCUCUGCCCCUGCUGCAGCCGUGCCACCCACCCCUGCCCCAACAGCACCUGGUCCAAAGCCUCAGGCCAGCUCGGCCACACCUGCAGCCACCCCCCAAACUAACACUGCCCCCUCCAGUACUCCUGCGCUGGAACCUCGCAAGCUCAGUUACGCUGAAGUAUGUCAGCGACCACCUAAGGAUCCCCCUCCUCCAGCAUCAACUUCCAGCCCCAACAAUGCAAGCGCGCAGCCUCUGAGAGAGCUGCGUGUCAACAAGGUGGAGGAGCAGCAGCCCUCCAGCCCUGCAAACAAACAGGAGCGGCCUCAGGAAACGGGGGGAAACUGCAAGGCCAGGGAGGGCCGACCGGCUCGUGACUCCCAGGGCUUUUCUCGCAGCAACGGACCCCCCAGAAACAGUGCCGGGGGGUUCAAGCUACGGGAACAGCAGAGACGCCCUCCUUUUGGCCAUCGCGGUUCCCCCCAGGGAGGUUCCAGACACACUGGAAAAGAGCAGAACAUCCCCCCCAUGUCGCCAAAGUAAAGACUCUAAACAGAAAUCCUUAAUGUAUGAAUAUUUACACACGCAUAUAUAUAAGAUAUAUAUGUAAAUAUAUAUAUAUAUAAUGAAUAUAUAUAUAUAUAUAUAUAUAUAUAUAUAUAUAUAUAUAUAUAUAUAUAUAUAUAUAUAUAUAUAUAUAUAAAAGAGAUGAAAUAUGAUAUAAAAUUCAAAAUUUAAAAUGGUAUUCACCUCUCCUGCCUGGAGCACUUCCAGAGGAAAAGUCUCAUGAAGUGACAAUGCACAGACUGGGGUAUCCAGGCAAAACGGGCAUCAGAAAUUGGAAGCAGUUGUUGCUUGCUGAAGGACGCCAUCGACUAGGAAAGAAACAAACAAAAAAACUUUAUGCUUCUAACUUGACAAUGUCCCUUCAGAAUGUAAAUCCAUGUGAGUUUUUUUUUUUUUUUUUCUUGAAAGGAAGGUGGCCUCUCUUAGCUUGCUGGAGGGGGAAAUGGGUGGUCUGAUGGCCCUAGUGGGUGUCUGCAAAGAGCAUAUGCACUAAGAAAAGGAACAUGCAUAAACGAUGUCAUGUACCUAUACAAAGAUAUCACUUUGACAUGCAAUGAUUCAUCUUUUUCUUUUCUUUUGUUUUCGGUUGCUUCGUUCGCAAUCACAGGACACUGGGGGCUCGCUCGACACCCGGGGUGGUUUGACCGUGUAAAUGACAUUUUGUGUGGAAGGAUGCGGUUUGCUUUAGAGUCGAUUCAUCUGGGAUUUAGAUCCUGUGUAGAAUACGCCAUGCGUGCUUGAGUGAAUAAUUUUGCAAGUAUCUUUAGGGCUGACAGUGCGAUUUUUUUGGUCUGGAGUUUUGCAUUAGUUUGCGUGACAUACUGUAGCUCGUGAUUAAUUCUGGAACGGGCGUUCGGAUUUACUUACGAUCAACUUUGGAGCCUUGUUAAUGAUUAAUUUUAUAUAUAUAUAUAUAUAUAUAUAUAUAUAUAUAUAUAUAUAUAUAUAUAUAUAUAUAUAUAUAUAUAUAUAUAUAUAUAUAUAAACCUACUGUCACUUCAUGAAGUCAAAGCCUGCCAAUUAUGAUGCUGUUAUGUCACUGAUUUGCUGAUGGGUGAUUUUGUUUCUUUUUAAUUUUAUGUGUGAUUUGUCAUUUUGUUUUUGUAGCUAGUUUGAGUAACCAACAGCCUGUGAAUGAUAACUCUAACAGUCAGGUACAUAGGCACUCAUGAACUUUGUGUCAUCUCAGAUUUGUCUUUUUUUUGUUUUUGUGCAUUCUUCUUCCUGGACUGCUCACAUGUCUGCUCAAAUAUCCUGAUAAUCAGUCAGGCUUUUGACUAUGUUUACAACAAGGUGGUGGUGGAUUGGAAUAAUGCAAGAUGGAUUCAGAAUAAUGUUCGUUAUGUGGAUUGCUUCCCUAUUUAGAGGGUUUCUUUUAGUCAUAAUCAGUACAUCCAGAGUCGGUUUUAUUGUAUGGAGCAGUUGGUCAUCAUGAUGAUAUAGGUCAAGCUGGUCUGAAGUUUAGUGUCUAUCCAUUACAUUUAAAUGAAAGAAAUAUGGUCACCGCUGUUAUAUCUAAAUCAAGGCACAUUAAGCUCAUCUUUGUGUAGAAGAAAUCCUGAAUUUGCUCAGCUUUUGGUCAUUUUGAAAACCAAAACCGACAGUGCUGGUCUCUUUCAAAGUUAUUUUUAUGAUGAUUUAUGUGCUAAUCUAAUGCCCAGAGUGGGUUAUCUGGCUCUGGGUGACGUUUCAUCUCAUUCCUGUCAUUUACAGCUUUUUCGGGCUGUAACUUCCAAUUCGGCAAAGCUUAAAAGGCACGGUCAUUUCCUGCAGUUUUAUUGUUUGAAGAUGAAGUUGAAAGGAGAAUUGAAUGUUUAUGCUCGGUAGCCCCUGAAUGUGUCCUCCAUGAAUUGUAAUACAAAGCCCUUAUUUAAACUAAUACAUUUCUUCCUCCCUAAAUAGAGCAUUUUGACUGUUGGUUAAAUGGCAAUAUCUGCGCAAAAUCCUCUUGUUAUGAUUGCUGCAAAGUUUCAUAUAGCUUUGCCAUGGUAAUGAGUGUGUCGUCAGUGCUGUGCCAAUGCCAGCAUGUGUGUUUUUUGUUGUUUUUUUUUUUUUUUUUUUUUUUUUUUUUUUUUUUUUUUUUUUUUUGGAAAGGGUGGCAUGUGUUUGGGUAAUUAGAAAUUGACAGUUGCUUUGGUAGAUGGUACCUGAUAGUGACUGUGAGGAAUAUGAAUAGCAGGGAUGGGUUCACUACAAAAAAAAAGGUUGCUGUGGUGAAUUGGUGCUGUUAUUUGAACGUUUAAUCAGGAGGAUACAGUAUUGCUGUUCAAUUCAUUGUAAAGUAUUGCUUUUAAAAAAAUAUAUUUUUAAUUUAUUUUAAUUCUGCUGUCCAACCCCCAUGCAACCCCUGUCCCUUGUAAGUUUGUUAUCAUGACUGUACAAAAAGACAUUGGGAGAGAAUCACAGAUUUAACACAUUUGUAUUUUUUUUUUUUCCAGCAGAAAAAAUACUUGAGGCAUUUACUAGAGGCUUAGUAAUGCGGUAAAUAACAAAUCACUGGGGCUUUUUUUUUUUUUUUUUUUUCCUUUGUUUUCAUUAAUGAAUAUGAGCAGCUAGUGGUUUAGGAUAAUGAAAUGCACUAACUUGUUAAAAAAAAAAAUCUUACUAUGUAAUGUGAAAUUAUACUAGGAGCAUAAGGUAAUGAUAUUGAUGUUGACAGGCUUGCAGAAAUCUACAGAAAAUAGCAAAUUUCUCUUUAAUGUAUGGGUUAUUAUUACUGUUAAUUGAUUUAGGGGUUGGUGUGGCAAAGGGAAGAAUUAUAUAACAAUGGAUUGAAGUGAGACACUAAAUUCUAGCUGUCUGCAUAAAAUGUCACAAAAAGAAAAUAAAUUAUUUUGUUUUGGCCUUA